AUGAACGCCAUUCUCCAUCUCGCCUCGCUUGGGGCUCUGGCCUUGAUUCCAGCCGUAGCAUGUGCAGCCACUACAAACACCAAGCGAUGUGUUGAACUCGAGGUUCCCGUCCCUAUUGUUGCAACCAACCAGAUUUUCGACCAGCCCCGAGUUGACAGCACCAUCGACGCCAUCGACUGGACUGUGUGGGUUUCCACACGGACUACUCUCCCAGCUAGGGACCGUGUCAUCAAGGAUAAUCCUAUCAAAGAUAUAUUCAAGAUCAAUGCCCAGUUGUGCGUCCCAUCGGACAAGGGCCCCAAAGCGGAUAUUUUGCAGAUUGCCACCCCAGGCCUUGGCUUUGAUAAACGAUAUUUUGACGCGGAGGUUCAGCCGGAUGAGUACUCCUACGUCAAUGCGGCCCUGAAGAAGGGCUACUCGAUCCUUACCUACGAUCGUCUCGGCACCGGCAAAUCCCAAAAGCCAAACGCCUACGACGUAGUUCAAAUCCCAACGGAGAUCGAGAUCCUGGCGAGCCUGACGAAGAUUGCGCGUAGUGGAAAGCUGAUUAGCUCAUCCAAGGUGUUGUCCAGCUCCAGAACCACCGUUUCUGACUUCGAGCCCUCCAAGGUCGUCCAGAUUGGUUACUCCUUCGGCUCGUUCCUCAUCCAAAAUGUGCUUGCGCGGUACCCCGAGCUCAGCGAUGGCGCCGUGUUGACAGCCCUUUACCCCAAUACUAUUCCGUUUGCGCAGAUGAUUGACGUCUUGCACUACGACCACGAGUACCCCAAGGAGAAUGACCCCGCUCGUUUUAGUGAAUAUGGCUCGGGCUACUUUGUUCUAUCAAACAAGGCUGAUCUUCAGAAGUUGUUUUUCCAGAAGAGAAGCUUGGACCCAGCACUGUUGACCUAUACCGAAAAGAUCAAGCAGCCCGAGACCCUGGGUGAGUAUGCCUCGGAAGGGUUGAGUUCAUAUUUGGUCGCGGAAGAUUUCAAGGGCCCGGUUCAGUUCUUCAUUGGCGAGUUUGACAAUUUUGUCUGCAGAGGCGACUGCAGGGGCAUCUACGACCCGACGGAAGCGAACAGGAUCUUCCCUCACUCAAACGCCACUUACUAUCUACAACCCAACACUGGUCACGCGCCGGGACUGUCGAAGAAUGCUUCUGCUGGAUAUGAGGUUAUGUUGGGGUUCUUGGAUUCUCAUAACCUCUAA